UGGUUUAACCAUAGAUAAGAACCAGUGGAAAAACCUGAAGUCUUCUUAUAAUAACUACCUUACAGUGAUCAAAGCUAAGUUCAAUGUGGAUUUUAAAGAAUCCAGCAUCACUGAAGGCAAAGUUAAUGUCAAACCAUCAUACAAAGGACAUGGAGGAAACCCAGCAAUGGAGAACCAUGCUGUUAGAGCUCUGCUGCGUCUGUACCAGAAGAUGAUGACGUCACCCACGUUAUUGCAUUCGCCUAAUCGUACCACUAGGUUCAGUGGUUCUGAAGAGGUGUCCAAUAAAACUGUAAUUAAAAGUCAUUCGACACAAAACAGAGAAAAAUCAGCAGGAGAGGGCACGACAGGGGACAACAAAGAUGACAAGUGUUCAAUGUGUUUGUCCAAUUUUACUAAAAAGAAGCAGCUGAAGUGUAAACAUGAAUUUUGUGAGCAGUGCCUGCAAAAUGCAGUGAAACACGGUGGACCCUUCUGUCCGAUAUGCAAGAAUGUUUUUGGUGUGAUGAAGGGAAACCAACCUGAUGGAAAAAUGACUUGGAAUAAGUGUCCAUUAUCCCUCCCUGGAUUCCCAGGUUGUGGCCAUAUAUUCAUCACCUACAACAUUCCAAGUGGAAAACAGACGGAAAAUCAUCCAAAGCCUGGCCAGCACUAUGGAGGAACCGUCAGACAUGCAUAUCUUCCAGACAACAAAGAGGGCAAUGAAGUUCUGCUACUCCUGAAAAAAGCUUUUGACCAGAAGCUCAUUUUCACUGUUGGAGCUUCUAGGACAACCGGGGCGGAUAACAUGGUGACCUGGAAUGACAUCCACCACAAAACGUCCAUGUCAGGAGGACCAGAGUGUUAUGGAUAUCCAGAUGAGAACUACCUGAGCAGAGUCAAGGAGGAGCUGAAGGCUAAAGGCAUCCAGUGAAGUUUUUGUUUUACAUUAAGUGAAUUUGAAAUUCCA